AUGGGCAAGCAGAACAGCAAGCUGCGGCCGGAGAUGCUGCAGGACCUGCGGGAGAACACGGAGUUCUCGGAGCUGGAGCUGCAGGAGUGGUACAAGGGCUUCCUCAAGGACUGCCCCACGGGCAUCCUCAACGUGGACGAGUUCAAGAAGAUCUACGCCAACUUCUUCCCCUACGGUGACGCCUCCAAGUUUGCUGAGCACGUCUUCCGCACCUUCGACACCAACAGCGAUGGCACCAUCGACUUCCGGGAGUUCAUCAUUGCGCUGAGCGUGACCUCGCGGGGCCGUCUGGAGCAGAAGCUCAUGUGGGCCUUCAGCAUGUACGACCUGGAUGGCAAUGGCUACAUCAGCCGCGAGGAGAUGCUCGAGAUCGUGCAGGCCAUUUACAAGAUGGUUUCGUCCGUGAUGAAGAUGCCGGAGGACGAGUCGACCCCGGAAAAGCGGACUGAGAAAAUCUUCCGCCAAAUGGACACAAACAACGACGGCAAGCUGUCCCUGGAGGAGUUCAUCCGCGGGGCCAAAAGCGACCCGUCUAUCGUGCGUCUGCUGCAGUGCGACCCCAGCAGCGCCUCCCAGUUCUGAACGAGAGGAGCCAGCUUCCCCCGCCUCCCUGCCUUCACGGGCCCUCUCUCGGCUCUCAGCUUCCUCUCCCUUGUGUCUAUCCAGGCUGGGGGUCAGACUGCCCGCCUCAGGGUCUGCACUCUGGGGGGCCUAUGGAGAAGGGAACCCUGCAGCCCCCGCAAGGUCCAAGCAAGCAAGCACUUAGCACCUCCCAAUCCAAGAGGCAAUAUCACCCUUCGGCAAUGAUAGAGAGACACAGGCUCUGGCUUGGUGUGCGCCUCAGAGUCAGCCCUCCCUUACCUAGAUAGGACUUCACCCAUGCCUCCCUCCAAC